AUGGAAUCGGGUGCAUCUCAAAGCGAGCAUGUACAGACGCCGACCGGCAAGCUAGAUUUGGUGUCCAGGAUAAAAGCACGAGUGGCUGCCACAGACCCUAAGAUUGCAAAGGAACUAGGAGGCGUCUUCCUCUUCAACAUUAUGAAAGGCACUUCUGUAUACAGUUGGACUAUGGACUUAGACAACGUACGAGUGUACGAAGGUGAACCGGAACAAGAUCCUGAUACCACAUUCACGUUGACAGAACAUUACUUCAAACAACUGGUGUUGGGUAAAGAAGACCCCCGUGUCAUCAUGCAGGCGGGCCGCUGUUCUGUCACUGGCGAUAUCAUGAGAGCGAUGAAACUUGAACCCUACAUUAAGUUAGAAUAG